GCGGCCACGCCCUGGGCCCUCCACGAGCUCUACGACGACUUCACGCCCUUCGACGACGCCGAUUUCUACCCCACCACCUCCUUCUACGCCGACGGGGACGACGAGGACGAGCUGGAGGACGAGGAGGAAGAGGAGGAGGAGGAAGACAGGGAGCUGGAGGAUGAGAACGGCUACCGGCCGCCCGCCUCGGCCGUGCCCGGCGCCGCCCCGGCCCCGCAGGACCCCCGGCCCACCGGGCGCCGGGACGCGGCCCCGCUGCCGUCGGGCGUGGCCGGGGGCAGCCCCACGGCCUGGCCACGGCCCGGGGAGCGGGGCCAGCCCGACAACGGCUCCGAGUGCCGGAGCGGGUACGUGCGGCACAACAGCUCCUGCCGCUCCCUCUGCGACCUCGUGCCCAGCUACUGCCACAACGGCGGCCAGUGCUACCUGGUGGAGAGCCACGGGGCCUUCUGCCGGUGCAACACGCAGGACUACACGUGGCACAAGGGCACGCGCUGCGAGUCCAUCGUCACCGACUUCCAGGUGAUGUGCGUGGCCGUGGGCUCGGCCGCGCUCGUGGUGCUGCUGCUCUUCAUGCUCACCGUGUUCUUCGCCAAGAAGCUCUACCUGCUCAAGACGGAGAACAGCAAACUGCGCAAGACCAAGUGA